AAUGCAAAUUGAGCCAUUUUUAUUAUUAUUUAAUUGCAAUUUUUACAAAAAACUAGAUUUCCCAUUAUAUAUAUAUAUAUAUAUAUAUAUAUUCUUACCACUAUUUCGUUCGGUCUCUUUUUCUAUACUGUGAACUCUGACUGGAGAAAAUACUGACUCACCCUGUACAUACAGUAAUUAUAAUAAUUUGUAAUCAUUCAAGUUUACUAAAUUGUAAUAAUGAUUUUACUUGAAAUUAAUAAUAAAAUAGUUGAAGAGACAUUGCAUACUAAAAUAAAAAACUCAUUGACAUCAAGUCAUAAACAAGAGUCGACUGAUAUUAUUAUCGCUGAUUUUGAUGGAGUUCUCUUCCACAUUACUAAUCCCAAUGGAGAUAAAACGAAGCUCAAAGUCAGCAUUUCUCUCAAAUUUUAUAAACAGUUGAGAGAACAUGGUGUCGAUGAUUUACUUAAAAAGGAAUAUGGUCCUUAUCUUGCAGAACCGGAAUCUGGCUACGAUAUAUCAGUGCAAAUAGAUUUGAAAAAUUUGCCAGAUGAUUGGGAAGCACUUGUUAAAAAAAUAGGACUUUUGAAAAGGCAUUGUUUUGCUAGUAUUUUUGAAAAGUAUUUUAAUUUUCAAGAGCAGUAUCCUGAUUUACAAGAUCAAGAUGUACCUAAAAGAGCAGUCAUACCUUAUCGAGAUCAAGAAACAAUAUACGUUGAGGCUAAAAAUGAUCGUGUAACUGUUGUAUUUAGUACAAUUUUUAAAGAUGAAGAUGACAUGGUAAUAGGUAAAAUGUUCUUACAAGAACUGAAAGAAGGCAGAAGAGCUAGUCAUACUGCCCCUCAAGUUUUAUUUAGUCACAGAGAACCGCCAUUAGAGUUACAAGAAUGCAACGCAGCAAUAGGUGACAGUAUUGGAUACAUUACAUUUGUAUUAUUUCCUCGACAUACCAGCAGAGAUUCUCGAGCUAAUACUAUUGAUCUAAUUCACAUGUUCCGGAAUUAUUUACAUUACCAUAUUAAAUGUAGUAAAGUUUACAUCCAUUCAAGAAUGCGUACAAAAACUACAGAUUUCUUGAAAGUACUCAAUAGAGCACGAUCACAAGCAAAGAAUACUGAGAAAAAAACCAUAACAGGCCGAACUUUCAUCCGCAAAGAAUAAAAAUAUUCAAAUCUUAUAUUUAGAUGCUCAUUUUUGUAUACAAUCUAAUUUCAAUAAUGCUAUCUUAUAUAAUUUAUCAGAUUCUAAAGUUUUUUACUUUAGUAAGAAAUUUUAAAAAAUUUUACAUAAAUAUUUCAUAAUUUACCGUA